AUGGUCUCAAAGGUUUUCUCACCUUCACCCAAAACUCCAGCCAGAUAUGGCUGGCUUUUGCCAAGCCUUUUGGCAUCGUUUAAUGUGGCAGGACUGGCCACUUUGAGUGUCCUCUUUUUCUCCAUCCCCUGCCGAGCCUUGGCCCAGAGUGGAGAAUGGGCCCUUCCAGUGGCCACUGGGCUCCUCUGUCUCCUCAGUUUCUACAGCCUCAUUUGCAUGAACAUAUCAGACCCAGGCAUCUUGCACAGAGGCUCUGUGGAGCAGAACCCAGAGGCAUCCUAUGUGGCACAUUUGAACAACAAAUGUUUCCCAAUGCCAUGGUGUGCCAAAUGUCAUCUCCACCGCCUGCCCCGAACCUACCACUGUGAAAACUGCAACAUCUGUGUGGAGGAAUUCGACCACCACUGCAGGUGGAUAAACAACUGUGUGGGCCACCGCAACAUCAGGCUCUACCUGCUGCUCCUCCUCUCAUUGUGCCUCUACCUGGGUGCUGUGCUGGCUGGCUGUGUGGUAUUCCUGGUACACAGGAGGCACAUACCCUUCAUGGACCGAGCCCUGAUGUAUCCACGCAGUCCCAAGGGCCCACACUGGAACCAGCUCUGGUGGAGGGGAGGGAGGGGUGGUCAGCCAAGGGGCUGGCUGCUCAUCAAGGCCAGGGCAGUGAGCACCGCAAGGCGCCCCUAUGAGACCCAG